UCUCGGACAGCAGGAAUGCGCUGGAGGUUUUCCUGCGAGCUCAUGUUGAAGAGUCCCGCGUCUCGACAUGGACAUGUGGCCGCUGGUGCUCCUGUUCGUCCCGCUCUGCUUGUGCUCGGCGUACGAAGGGUCAGGCCAGUAUGCAAAUGGAGGCGAUGAGGACUGGUAUUCAGGGAUCCCGUGGUGUGCGCCCAUUAAGGUGAAGCAUGGGGACGUGAGCUGCCGUACACCCAGAGGAGAGCACUACAGGAACGUGAUGGGGACUCGCUGCAAGAUCCGCUGCAAGCAGGGAUACGAGUCCCCGAGCUCUGAGGUGGUGUGCAUGGCCAGCAAGCACUGGUCCUCUAACUACGCCUGCCGAGAGAUCCGCUGCCCCAAGCUGGACAUGCCGGCUAACGGCGGCUACAAGUGUUCGGACGGCUCCUACUUCAACUCUCGCUGUGAGUUCUUCUGCUCGCCCGGAUUCAGUCUGAAGGGACAGAAGACGGCGACGUGCCAUUACACCAAGGCUUGGAGCGCCGGAGUCCCCACUUGUGUUGAUAUAGAUCCUCCAAAAAUCAAGUGUCCUAAUCUGAAGGAUAAGUGGGCAGAACCAGGAAAACUAACAGCGAGGGUGACCUGGGACACAUCAGAGGGUGUGGACACUGCGGAUGGCAUUCUCACAGAUGUUAUCCUGAAAGGGAAAUCUUCAAAAUCAGACUUCCCAGAGGGGCUCCAUAAGAUGUCCUACACUGUGUUGGAUCGUGCGGGGAACAAAGGAUCAUGUCGCUUCAGUCUCAGAGUGCGAGUGCGGCGCUGCAGCCCCCUGUUUGCCCCGGACAACGGUUACAUGAAGUGUGACAGUGACGGAGACAACUACGGCGCCACUUGUGAGUUCAUAUGCACCGGUGGCUACGAGCUGCGGGGCAGCGCUGCCCGAGUGUGUCAGUACGGACUCACCUGGUCUGGCUUAGACACCACCUGUGCAGCCAUGAACAUUAACGUGGGAGUGCGUACAGCUGCCGCGCUGCUGGACCAGUUCUAUGAGAAACGACGGCUCCUCAUUAUCUCGGCUCCGACUGCUGCCAAUCACAAUUACCGCUUCCAGAUGACGAACCUACAGCACGCCCAGUGUGGACUGGACCUGAGGCACGUCACAGUAAUGGAGCUGGUGGGGACUUACCCAGCACAGAUUGGCCGGAUUCGACACAGGAUGCUCACUCCAUUUAUGUCCCUGCAGCUCAGGUUACAGCUUCUGAUUCCUCAACGGUCUUUCCAAAUGGUGCUGUUAGACAAGCAGGGCACGGACAAGCAACGCUACCCGUUCCCGAUUACAGCGGCUGAAUUAUUCACCACCAUCGACACCUUCCCCCUCCGCAAGGACGAGAUGGUGCUCCAGCAGGGAGCUGGCCAGACCUGCCAAUCAUAAAACACCGACUGUCAGCCAUCUUGGAUCCUUCUCCUCCUCAGUCACAGCAGACAGAUCUCCUUUUUUGUAUCCUCUCAUGUCCCACACGCCUCCCUGAACUCAUCCCGUCCUGUUUCCAGAAGGUGUGUGUGUGUGUGUGUGUUGAUCUGUUGACGCCUGAAAGAGGUCACCAAAGGGAAUGGGUCACACAGUAUAUUACAAUCAUAUUGAUUCCUGUGUCCUCUGUAACUGCAUCUGUUGUUUUAUUAUUCAUAAUAUUUUCAAAGCAAAAUAUGUUUCACUAUAUUGUACAAAAAGAAUUUUUACUUCAUGAGCUGGCGUGUUCACUCUUCGCCUGGCUAAUAUUUAUAUCUCACGUCUUUUAAUGAUGUCCACUCUUUGGAAUAAUGUGUGGGUGUUAAGUAUACAGGACACUGAUGCUCUGAUUAAAUAUGUCUAUCAUU